AGAGAGAGAGAGAAGGAGAGAGAGAGAAGGAGGGGGAAGGGAGGGAGUGACGUAGGUUGUACAGACUGCCAUUAUGAGGAAGUAAGAAUAAGUAAUAGGACACCUGGCUGUACGGUCUCUUCCCAUGGAGUUGAGAGGGGGGGAAGUGUAGGUAAACCGGUGUGACGCAUUCUACACCGAACCUCACUGAUAUUCACAAAGACAGCGCUAAACUUUCUUUGGUAGACACACAGACUGUUGAAUACUUUCAACAAGAAAGAAGAAAGCACAGUGCCAAGAGACUGCCAUGCACUGAAAUUUUAUGCUGAGGACACAUUGGACUACACUUGCUGGAGAGAAGUAUAGCUUUUUAGCUUCCAGAAAGAUUCUUUAAACUUCCAAUGUUUUGUAAACAAGCAACAUGGCCAGGACUGUCAGUCGGUUUUAACCUAAUUUACAGCACUGGAUGGUCUGAUAUUUGCUGAAAGAACUAAACAUCAUGUUGUGGUAAAGAUUUAUGUUUUUGUCUUGAAGAGGGCACAGCUCAAAUACAGCUUUACCUGCCAAAAGGAAGCAAGAUAAGAGGGAGUUUUAUUGAGGCUAUAAUCGAAACACUCUUAGAGUAGGCAAGAAAAACAAGCGGAUUUGCUUUCACAAAAGACUUCUCUUUUCCGACCAAAAUGUCAUAUUGGUCUUGAUCACACUGAAUGCCUACAAAAGAGUGAUUGAACAGUUUUAUUUUUAAGUGGAUUGAAGAAAGCUUUAAAAUUCUUGAAAUGGAUGGGGACAAUUCAUGUGGGUCAUUAAUCCAUAAGUUAUUAGCCUCUCCUAGGUUUGCAAGGACAGACUCUCAGCAGCAAGCAGGGGAGAGUGCUGUGCUUAAGUCCUUCCAGACAUUGCCUGAAGAAGAGUCAUAUCCACACCCUGCUAACUAUGGUGAUGUUAAUAACAGCUUUCUUAAUGUUCCUCCAAGUCCAGAAAUGAAACAUACUCUCAGAUCUGGGCUAACAGUUAAACAGUUCAAUACUGAGUUCUAUAAGGAGGAGAACUCUCUCUUUCCAAGUUGGAGAAGGCCUUUUUCUUCUUCCAUUAAUGUUUUUCCAGACUCAGAUGUGGUUCAAGUUACCAGAGUGGAGACCUACAGUGACAAUGAAAAUGAGGAGGAAGAUGAAGGGAGUCUUGGCCAGCAUGAAGAGUCUAGAAAUCAUCAUGCAAGGGAGAGUGAUGUGUCUAAAACAAGUUUAAACUUUCCAUUUCUCACAGAUUUGGAGUCUACAAGUAAAGAUGGUGUAUCUAUUUUGAACAGGACAUUUUCCAAUAAGAGUUCUGACAGUCAGCAGGACUCCUCUCCAGGCCUUCUUGGGGAUUCUUAUCUACAUAGUGGAGCAGACAGCAUUGAAGUAGAAAUGGGUUUAGAUAUGUCAUCUGCCAAAGAUCACAUAUUCAGGGAACAAACCAAUCUAGUUUUGCCUGGAGAUUGUAGUGCUGAUGGACAUACAGUUUCUCCAUCCAGGACUGAAGGCUCUCUUCCUGUUUCUCCAUCUAUGUCUGAAGACUCUGUUCUUCUUUCUCCUGGCAGGACUGAAGACUAUUUUCCUAUUUCUCCAUAUAGGACUGAGGACUCUCUUCAUGUGCCUUUAGCUUGCGAGUCUCCCAUUAAGCUAACAUUAGAGUCUCCAGCUAUACCAACAACAGAUGGAAAUGCUUUGGACUCCUCAUCGAUUUCAGAAAAGCAAAAUUCCGAUCAAGACAAGAGUUGGGGAACACGAAAAUUUAUUUUCAUCGGGUUAGAGUCUCACAGCCCAAUAAACGAUACCUUUCCUAUCUUAGCUCUUCAACCAAAGGACCCUUUAUCCUUGGAUCAGAAAGAGUCCCUAAAUUAUGUCAUGCCAAGUGCCACUUCUCCUUCACAAGACAUUAAAGAGGACAUGUCUGCCACCAAGAAAACCAUCACAAAUCAUUCCACAACUCUCUCUCCCAAAUCACUCUCGUUAACAUCCAAGGAACCCUUCCAGUUGCCAGCCCUUUUCAGUGGUUUACGGGUACUAAAGAAAGGUGCUGUAGGAGAGGAUAGAGAGACUCUGUCUGAGAUCAAGCAAAAAGAUACAGAUCGGGCAUUGCUGAGUCUUAAACAGCAUGUCAACAAAGCUAAACUGAAACAGCACCAGGCAAGCACUUCUACACACAAAAAGGGAGCUGAUUCAAAAGAAAAGUCUGAGUCUAAGAACCAGUGGCGCCGAUUGAUACAUUUUGAUGACAUCCGCAGUGAGGAGAGUGCAGAAAAAGGCCCAAAGGACACAGAAGCCCUUAUUACAGGAGACAAAGGAUUAGCAAAAGAUACAACAGGAGAGUCUUUAAAGUUUUUGUCUAAGCCCUUAUUAAACAACACUGUAGAUGUUUCAGUGGAUCUAGAGGCUGUCAAGAAGAAAAUAAAAAAUGAAAGAGAGUUGCUGAAAUCCAUCUUUGAGAAACCUCUAACUAAAUCACCUAGCAUUGACAAGAGUCCAGGAGAAGGCAAAACUGAGCUGUCCUCCCCAGGAGAUAAUGAUGACAGGACACCUGGGAGACUUCAAGCAAUAUGGCCCCCACCCAAGCCAAAGGAUGAAGAAGAGAAAGUGGGACUCCGUUACACCGAAGCAGAACACCAGGCUGCUCUUCUGCAGCUGAAGAGAGAAUGUAAAGUGGAAGUAGAAAAUCUGAAGGCUGAGUUUGAGCUCAAGGUCUUCCGUCUGCGUGGAGAGCAUGCAGUGUCUAUUUCCCGGCUGCAAGAAACCAUUACUAGAAUUGAGCAGGAGCGAGGCUAUACACGGGGCAAGCGAAAAGUGCGUGAUGCUUGUGUGUCCACAGAAGACGACGCAUCCCUCAAAACAUAUCGUAAUGUUUGCAUACAAACUGACCGGGAAACUUUUUUGAAGACUUCAGAAAGUGAGAGCACCAAGCCUGUUCAAAGCCUGCCACGAAAACUUGACCUAGAUUCAAUUACCCAAAAUCUAGGUGUGGUACCUGGAGCUCCACCUCUACCACCUCCUCCUCUGCUUGGCCAAUUACAUGUCCCACCAGCUUCGGGUCCAACACCUCCGCCCCCACCACCACUGCCACCUCUGCCCCCACCACCACCACCACCUCUACCUGGAUCAACAUCACCACCCGCUCCACCUCCUUUACCUGGAGCUGGAAGUGCACCACCCCCACCUCCUCCACCCCUUCCUGGAGCCGGUCCUCCUCCUCCUCCUCCUCCUCCUCCACCUGGUAUGCCUGGAGCACCACCCCCACCUCCACCCUUUCCAGGGUUUGGCCCCCCACCUCCUUUGCCGACCUUUGGGACACCGAUGGAAAAACCCCCACGCAAACCAGCAAUAGAACCUGCAUGUCCCAUGAAGCCUCUCUACUGGACUCGAAUUCAGGUUCAGGACAGCAAUAAUAACACAUUGUGGGGCUCUCUGGAAGAGCCAGAUAUUGUUGACACGAAGGAGUUUGAAGAGCUUUUCUCCAAAGCUACGCUGCAGCCGAAGAAGAAGCCUCUUUCCGACACAUAUGAGGAGAAGCCCAAAGCCAAGAAGAUCAUCAAGUUAUUAGAUGGGAAACGUUCCCAAGCAGUGGGGAUCCUAAUAUCCAGCCUUCAUCUGGAGAUGAAGGACAUUCAGCAAGCGGUUCUUAGAGUGGACAACUCCAUAGUGGAUUUGGAGACAAUUGAAGCUUUAUAUGAAAAUAGGGCUCAAAAUGAUGAGCUGGAGAAGAUCAAAAAACAUUGCGCAAACUCAAAAGAAGAUGAAUUCAAACUUUUGGAUAAGCCUGAACAAUUCCUUUAUGAACUGGCUCAGAUUCCAGAUUUUGCCGGUCGAGCUCACUGCAUCAUAUUCCAGGCUAUGUUUCUUGACUCCAUAUCAUCCAUCCAUAGUAAAGUGGAGAUCAUCUCUAGAGUGUGUAAGGGUCUCUUGAACAGCGACAAUAUUAAAGAAGUGAUAGGUCUUGUUCUGGCCUUCGGGAAUUAUAUGAAUGGAGGGAACAGGACCAGAGGGCAGGCUGACGGCUUUGGCUUAGAAAUACUGCCCAAGUUGAAAGAUGUCAAAAGCAGGGACAGUCGCAUCAGUCUGGUGGAUUAUGUGGUGUUAUACUACCUACGAAACAUAGAUAAGGAUGCAGGAACGGAUAAAAGUAUUUUCCCUCUGCCCGAACCUCAGGACUUCUUCCUUGCUGCUCAAGUCAAGUUUGAUGACCUCUUCAAAGACAUGCGGAAGCUGAAGAAGGAUCUCACAGCUUGUGAAAAAGAUGUCCAAAAUGUGUGUGCCAGCUCUUUAGAAGAACACCUCCAACCAUUCAAAGACAAAAUGGAUUCUUUUCUUACCACUGCAAAAGCAAAGUAUACUGCUGAAGAGGAAUGCCUCAACACUGCCCAGAAAAGCUUUAAGGAAAUGGCCACCUACUUUGGGCUUAAACCCAAAUCCGGAGACAAGGAGGUUACACCUGAAUAUGUUUUCUUACUAUGGUUUGAGUUCUGCAAUGAUUUCAAGAGUGUGUGGAAGCGUGAGAGUAAGAACAUCUCCCAGGAAAAGCUAAAGGAAGCUCAGCAGAAUGUUAAAAAGAUCACAGCUGAGAAGAAAGUGGAGACAAAAAAGGUCAAUGCCAACAGUCUGAAGGAGAGGCUGAGGCAAAAAGAGGCGAAUGUGUCCUCCAGCUGAAGAUGGCAGAGGGUACAGCCUGAUAAAGCAUAAUUUCCUCCUCCAUUAAAGAAAGUGUUUUGCACAGGAGUAUGGCAUUCUAUUGUGCUACACUGCUCUUAAAUGAAAUUUCCACUAAAAAAAAGACGUUUGACAUCUUUUUGUGGACACAAAAUUGCAAUCAGGAGCUGUGGGACAUAGGACAGAAACCAUCUCCACAUGAAGGACAAGGAUGUCUUCAGCAACAUUUAUCUCCUGCUUACCUGGUUAGAACAGGUUCCAUUAUAUUAAGUACAUUUCCAAUGGCAGAAUCUCAGAUUCCCCUGUAAAAUCAAAAAAUAAAGAUUCACACACAAAAGGGCAUUAAAAAGAAAAAAAAGAACAACCCAAAAUUUUUACAGCCAUCUUGUUAGGUUUAAUGGAUUAAAUGUGGAGAAAAAGACAGAAAGAGAGAAAGAUAAAGUUAAUGCUUUGCCUAUUCCACUUUAUUUUUUAGAGAAACUACACCUCGCUGCAGACACCGGCAGAAUGUCUGAUCUUGUCCAUCUGUUAAAACCUCACUUACAGACCUCAAGAUAUAAAUGAAAAGAAGAAAUACAAAUCCUGCAUUAAUUAGAGCGGUUUAAAAUGUUUGUCCUGUCAUGAUUUAAUUUUAACUGUAAAACUACACAUUCGGUCUCAUAGCUGUAGCUUUAUCACUGUUACAUGCACUUUCCUGCUUGAUACAGCAGCCCUUUCGCCACAUCUAUAUGAUAUAUUGUACCUCCGUUGCAAUGUAUCAUAACUUGUAGUCUCUAUGCAAUCUCCUUUUUGAGCAACAGCUAUGGCUUGUAAGAGGAUAUAUUUAUUUUCAUAGAUUUUUCAUAGCAAAUAUUCUUUAAAUGGUGUGUUGAAAAGUGAACAACUGAGACCUGUACUGAAAAUAUUUAUAACUUCUAAUGGGUAAAGUAUUUUUUCUCUCAAGUAAAUUCCUCAUCGUUACCAAA